AUGCGGAAUGCGGUACGCGAGUGGGCGCAGCGGCUCCGGCACGCGACGGCGUCGAAAGAGUCCUUCCUCCAGUACGUCUGUACGGAGGGGAAUGCUCAUGUCACGCAACACCCUUGGUCGAACGAGGACCUGAAGCCCUCUCCGCCGAGCAUGAUCAACUGGCGGUGGUACAACUUCUGCAUCUUCUGGUUCGGCAUGGGGUUCGGGAACUGGACGUUGGGCUCGAGUGUGGUCGCAAUCGGGCUCAACUGGUACCAAGCCUCGCUUGUGAUCCUCUGCGCCGCGGUCAUCUCCGGCACUUGCAUGGCGUUCAACUCGCGCGCAGCGGCGAGCUACCACAUCGGCUACCCCGUCGUGGCCAGGAGCUGCUUUGGCAUGUACGGCCACUACUGGCCCGUCGCGUGCCGCGGGUUCUGUGCGAUGCUCUGGGUCUCCGUCAUCCUAUUCCAGGGCGGCGCCUACGUCUCCACGAUGCUCACAUGCGUCUUCGGGCACCGCUGGACAGACCUCCCCGCACACUUUCCCGCCUCCACAGGGACGACAGUCCAGCGCUUCCUCGGGUACUUCCUCUUCUGGCUCAUCACGCUCCCCUUCUGCGGGUUCCGCCCGAAUCGCCUCCGGUGGCUGUACCACUUCAAGGCAGUCGUGCUCCCGCCGAGCGUACUCGGUCUGCUCAUCUACUGCCUCGUACAGAGCAGGGGAAAGCUAGCGGGGACGUUGCAGCUUGCUGAUGAAGGGACGAAGGUGCCCCGAGGUGCCGUCCUGGGAUGGCUCUUUGUCAGCUCUGUGAACUCGUCGAUGGGGAAUUGGUCAACUUUCAUAGCCAACAUGCCGGAUUUCUCGAGGUACGCAACCAGCCCCAAAGCGACCUUCUGGACGCACAUCCUCCUCGUGCCCAUCCCCGCCACCCUGGUGCGUUCCCUCCCCUCUUCAUCUUCCACCCGCACAUAUCUCACUGCCACAUACGAAACUGGUAGGGCGGCAUGA